AUGGCACUGAGCAUAAACGAUGGUUCGCUACCACCGACGGUUGAGCAGGGUGCGAGUUUACCACUGCCCGAGGUGAUCCCGAACGUGAAUGUGUACCAGCAGAAGAAAACCUUGGCCCAGGGUAUGAUGGAUCUGGCGCUGCUAUCCGCCAACGCCAACCAGCUGCGCUACGUGUUGGAGACGUACGAGCGCCAUCCGUACUACAUCUUCAGCCUAAUCUUCAUCUCCGUCAGCCUGCUGGUCCAGGUAGCGGUCGGUGUGGGACUGAUCAUGAACAGUCGGUACGAUGUGAAUGAUCGGAAGGAGAUAUGCAAGGCAAACAAGAUCAACGACCUCAUCACGAUCGGCAUCUUUGUGAUUACGCUCGUGAAUGUGUUGAUCUCCGCGUUUGGAGUAGCGCCCCGUGCUUAA